AUGAGCGUGACCAACGAGAACGCGCUCUUCAUGAGCCCGCAGAACGCCGAGCUCGACAAUCUCAAUGUCGACUAUACACCCGAUCUCGACUAUUUGGAUGGCGACAGCUUUGAUUUCGAGAACGCCGACCUUGGAGGUGAGAUGAUCGGUGCACUUCCGGGCAGUGGCGGCGACAGCCGCGAGGAUCUCACCAUGAAUGGCGACGGUCACGAGAAGAGGAAGAGUCCGGACGAGAACGGCGAUAGCGAGACUGGAGAUGCAAAGAGACAAGAGACUCAAGAAGGUGAGAAGGGUGCCAAGAAGCCGGGCAGAAAGCCGCUCACCAGCGAGCCAACAACGAAACGCAAAGCGCAAAACCGAGCUGCGCAACGUGCGUUCCGUGAGCGCAAAGAGAAGCAUUUGAAAGAUCUCGAGACCAAAGUCGCCGAGCUCACCAAGACACAAGAAGCUGAUAAGCACGAAAACGGCUUGCUGAAGGCCCAAGUCGAGCGUCUGCAAGUCGAGUUGCGAGAGUAUCGUAAGAGGCUUUCAUUGAACUCUGGAGUAAGCCGUUCGCCACCUCUCAGCGCGACGGGCCAGCAUCGCAGCAACAGCAAUCCAUCAUCAUAUGGUGGUAACUUUCAAUUCGACUUCCCCAAAUUUGGCGCUUUGCCAGGCAGUCAAAUAUUUGGCAACCAGAGCAAUGCCAAUGGUGUUGUUACACGAGAUAGUGCCACGCCUCCAACACAGUCGCCGACCACGAACGGCAGUCUUGGUCAACAGACGCAGUCGCAGAAUUCGCGCCAGAACAGCCUCGGUCGGAGCCUGAGUCCUACUAGUGGUAACGCGUCCAAUGCGGACAGUCCUGCCCAAGCCGCCCACCUCAACUCAAACUUCGCUGCAUACAGCACCAACAACAACAUGCACGGCUUCGCAUCGACUCUACCUCAGAUGAACGGAGCUGGCGAUCCAUUUGGCGAUCUCUUUAGUCCAAGCAUUCUCAAGAGCGCCAGCGUUGAUGGUUAUUUCCCUGACCCUCAAUCAGGCGACUCGCCUUCCAAUCAACUGCAGAAUGGAGAUGCCGGCGGCGACAGCACGUCUGGCCUCAACCGUGUAUUCCAGUUCAAUGGCGGCAGCAAUGCCAGCGAUAGCACAUCGCCAAGCGCCAGUUCCUCAAGCCAAUGGAAUGGCAACGGUGCUAACAGCUCUUGUGGCACAUCUCCGGAGCCUUCGCACGGUAGUCCUGCCAACAAAGAGAAGCCGUCUGAGAGUUUCUGCGAGAAGAUCAAUCCGAAGAGGCAGCAACAGUCAAACUUGUCUCAGCAGACUAAUUUCAACUCCAACAACCAGACUGGAUUGAAUGCCAUGUUCGGUUUGCCCAACACCGAUUUCUCCUCCAUGGGCAGCUUUGACCCCGUCCUGUUUGGAGACUACAGAGACAGCAACGAUGCAAUUGUCGGCAACGGCGAUUUCUCUGGAGGAUUCUUCGACGAAGCACUCAAUUCGCAACCGUUCGAUUAUGGAUCACCAAGUAACCUGUUUGGUAUCUUGCAGUCACCCCAGCAGACCAAUGCCUCCAUCAAUGCGAACGUCAACUCGUCAGGAGCAGCCCCAAGCAAGCACCUAAUGGCAGAGGUAGAGAAGACGUGCGCUGGUGGUGAUGACGACUAUGGUCUUCCAAACACGCAGUCCAAGAAGACGGAGGUCAACGGCAAACUGAUUAGCUGCAACAACAUCUGGAACCAACUCCAGUCGAACCCCGACUUCCAGGAGGGCAAGUUCGACCUAGACGGUCUCUGCUCAGAGCUCCGUGCGAAGGCUCGAUGCUCUGAGUCUGGUGUCAUGGUCGAUCAAGAUCAUGUUGACGCUGCGCUGCGUAAGCUGGGUAAGAAAGACGACAAGGGAAAGGCCCCUGAUAUGCCUUCGUUGAUGUUUGAGCAAGAGAGCUGGUGA